UCAGGCCACAGACACUAGGGGGCUUUCUAUGCGGAAGUCAACAAGCACCGAGCUGCUUCCUGAAAGUGCUGGGACUAUUCUGUAUAAACUAGGAUUUUCUAAUUGAUUGAUUGAACCAGCCAUGUCGAAGAACACAGUAUCCGAUCGAUUCAGAAAGGUUGAUAUAGAUGAGUACGACGAAAACAAGUUUGUCGACGAGGAGGACGGCGGAGAAAAUCAAAUAGGUCCGGAUGAGGCUGAGGUGGAUUCUCUCAUCAGAUCAGGUAACCUGAUGGGGGCUUUGCAGGCAGUACUGAAGAAUCCACCCCUCAAUACAAAGAACCAGAAUGUGAAGGACCGGGCUGAAGGCCUCGUGUUGAAAGUGCUCAGCUCAUUCAAGGCUAGCGAUAUAGAAAAGGCUGUUCAGUCUCUGGAUAAGGCUGGAGUCGAUCUGCUCAUGAAGUACAUUUACAAGGGCUUUGAAAAACCUUCUGACAACAGUAGUGCCAUCCUGCUUCAGUGGCAUGAAAAGGCUCUCUCAGCAGGCGGCGUGGGCUCCAUCGUCAGAGUGCUCACGGCCAGGAAGACCGUUUAAUGUUCAGCACCUCAGCACCAUUGGCGGAGGGACUGGCUGGCACAAGCCCUCGUGGUCUGGUUUCUGCCCACACUGCCAAACUGUGGAGGAUGUCCAGUCACUCACCUCUCAUCUUUUUUUAAAACGAUCAAACAUUACAGUCCCAUUUGGAUUUGUUGCAGUGAAGAUAAGCACCUUGGAUCUAUGUUAACGGAAUGGUGAUGAGAAAAUGUUCUUGUUGACCUCAGUAGAUAUUAAGCACAGACAUUUUAGCUAUUAUCAAAGGAAACGUCUCUUUACUCGUCCACUUCACGUACUUCACAUUCUCAUACCUGUCCCUAUGUAAUGUCUCAACAGAACAGAACAAACAGUACAUGUAAUCACAUGACUAAAUCAUUACACAGUCAUAUCAUUGUUUUUUGUUUUACUUAAAGGAACAGUUGUCCCCAAAAUAAAAACUUCUAUCAUUUACUCGCUCUCAUAUCAUUCCAAACCUGUAUUUUCUUUCUUCUGUAGAACACGAAAGGAGAUUUUUGAAGAACGUUUGAGUCCUUUUUUUGUUUUCUUUUGUAUUGCACAGAAGAAAGAAACUCGUACAGGUUUUAACCAAAAUGAGAGUAAAUAAAUGAUGACAGCAUUUUUAUUUUUGGCUGAAGCUUUAGGAAGGUGAUCAAGCUUUAGUUUGUAGAGGAAGUUCUCUUUACACUCUCUUGCUCGUCUGCUCCCUUUUAAGCAUAAUUAGAGCUGGUCUAUGGAACAUGCCAACAUCAGUAUUUUCUUUUUUCCUACUUGCAUGCACUGCAUAAUAUAUUAGUUCAUAGUUGGUUGUUGAAUCUAGCCUCAUUUGAACGCCUGUGCUUUCAAGAGGGAGAUUUCCAACUCGAUUUCUUGUGAUCAGAGCGUUUAUUUUCCUCCACAACCCCUUCAGUAAUUCACGCAUGUUUCCAUUUUCUCUUUGGUUUCAUAUCACACCGGGAUCACGUUUUAAGAAACAAAAAAGGGAAUAACUUUUCUUAAGUUGCCAAAAAGGUUUUUAUUGUUGAUUAAUAUUAGUGUGUUUUUGUACUCCUUACAAAAACAAUGAGUUUAAUUUUUUUAUAACGCUGAGUAUUAUUCGAAUUGUCCAACAAAAGCUUAUGUAUAUUUUGAUCACAUCAUUUUUGAACUGUGUUACCAAUCGUAGAACAUGAUUAACAUUAUUUCUUAACUUUGAACUCAGACUUUAUGUCAGGUGCUGAUGAUAUAGCUAACCUCUGAGACAUAUGAGUGUUUGUGUACUCUCACAAUUCCCACCAAACACAGAAGCAAGCGCUCAAGCUGCAAUGGAGAAUUUUGCUUCCACUGUGGUCUACUUAUUUUGCCAUACUUGAAGCCAUACAUAAACAACGCGAGGAAGUCUCUACUUGUUCAUUUACGGCUCUAAGUGAAUGUUGAGUUUGCAUCACACCAGUCAAUCAUUUGAUUAAGUGCAAAAAUUAUGAACUAGUUUACCAACUGCCUUAUAAAAUGUUCCUUUUAUAUUGUAUGGUUCUUUUGAAAAAUAAAUGAAAUGAAUACAA